GCCGCGACCGUAGCGUCGGCGGCGACCGCGGCUUCGGGCGAAGACAAAGGCGCGUCGCAGACCAAGAGUGACGACGCCAAAGACGCUACUGCACCGCCUACAGUUCCCAGUCCGGGCGCGACCUUGAGAGACGGAGCUCAACGUAUCCUGCAGUUAAGUCAACGGUCGGAAUGGCCGCCGUUGGAUCAGGCCAUAAAGAUGGUGGAGAAACUGGUGGCCGCUGGUGGCGAAGACGUGACGUCAACGCCUUUGGCCGGGGUCAUCGAUCAGAACAACGGGAUGACGCCUUUAAUGUACGCUGCCAAAGAAAGCAAAACAACGUUUUUGGAACGAUUAAUAGAUCUGGGAUGUGAUGUUACAGUAAAAAACAAUGAUAACUUCAACGUCCUGCAUCUGGCCGCCACCUAUUCCAGAGAAGACGUCAUUAAAGUGUUGUUGUCGAAAAAAGGAGUCGACGUUUACUGUCCCGGAGGACCAAAACAACAGACGGCCGUGCACAUGGUGGCGAGCAGACAGACGGGCACGGCAACGAGCAUACUCAGAGUGCUUCUGGCUUCUUGCGGCAAGGACAUCCGGACCAUCGCCGAUGGAGACGGUAAAAUACCACUGUUGCUGGCCGUGGAAGCGGGCAACCAGUCAAUGUGCAGGGAGUUGCUGUCGACCCAGGCGGCGGAACAGUUGAAAUACAAAACGAAAUCCGGAGACAUGGCCAUACACUUGGCUGCCAAACGGAAAGACAUGGACAUGAUCAAAAUAUUGAUAGAUUACGGCGCCGGUGUGGAUAGUAAAAAUGGCCAAGGGCAAACGUCUCUGCACAUCGCUGCGGCCGACGGAGAUGAAAACUUAGUCAAGUACUUCUACAGUGUCCGAGCUAAUGCUUCCAUAACGGACAAUCAAGAUCGAACCCCUAUGCACUUGGCCGCAGAAAACGGUCAUGCCAACAUAAUUGAACUGCUGACCGAUAAGUUUCGGGCUUCCAUACUGGAAAGAACUAAAGACGGCAGUACACUCAUGCAUAUAGCCUCGUUAAACGGCCACACCGACUGUGCCAUGAUGUUGUUCAAGAAAGGCGUAUACCUUCACAUGCCCAACAAAAGUGGAGCGAGGAGCAUACACACGGCGGCCAGAUACGGUCACGUCGGUAUCAUCAAUACGCUGUUGCAAAAGGGCGAAAAAGUGGACGUGACGACGAACGACAACUACACUCCUCUGCAUAUAGCUGUAGAGUCUGUCAAGCCGGCGGUGAUAGAGACUCUGCUGGGAUACGGUGCUGACGUUCACGUGAGAGGUGGAAAACUGCGAGAAACUCCUCUCCACAUAGCGGCCAGAGUAAAAGACGGGGACCGGUGCGCUCUUAUGCUGUUGAAGUCUGGCGCAGGACCUAACGUGGCGACGGACGACGGCCAAACUCCAGUGCACGUGGCCGCAAAACACGGGAACCUCAUAACCCUGCAGCUGUUGUUGGACGACGGUGGCGACGCUAUGUUUAAAAACAAAGUGGGCGAAACGCCUUUACAUCUGGCGUGCACGAGUUGUCAGGCGGACAUUGUCGGACAGCUGAUCGACUUUGUCAAAGUAAAACAAGGCGAUGAGGUGGCAAAUUCGUAUGUAAACACUGUCAAUGAAGACGGUGCUUCAGCGUUGCAUUACGCCGCCAACAUAACGAAGUCCGACGUGAACGCUUCCAAACCCAACCACGACGCUAAAGUCAUAAAACUGUUGUUCGAAGGAAAAGCCGACAUUAAUUUGCGCACAAAACAACACCACGAAACAGCAUUACAUUAUUGCGCAGUAGCUGGUAACAACGACGUACUCUCGGCAAUGUUGGACGGCAUGUCGCCAUCUGAAGUCCAGCAAGCCAUGAACCGUCAGACCAGUAUCGGAUGGACUCCUCUGUUAAUCGCUUGCCACAGAGGUCACAUGAGUUUGGUGAAUACAAUGUUGAAUAACCACGCGAGAGUGGACGUAUUCGACAACGAAGGCCGAUCUGCUCUGCAUUUGGCUGCCGAACGAGGAUACUUAAAAGUUUGCGACGCUUUGCUCACUCACAAAGCUUUUAUUAACAGCAAAUCCCGGGUAGGAUGGACCGCGUUGCAUUUAGCCGCCAUGAAUGGAUUCGCUGAUCUCUGCCGAUUUCUGAUUCACGAUCACAAUGCUGUGAUCGAUAUACUCACGCUGAGGAAACAAACCCCGUUGCAUUUAGCCGCUUCGGCUGGUCAACUAGAAGUUUGCCGACUACUGUUAGAUUUAGGAGCCAAUAUCGACGCGACAGACGACCAAGGCCAGAAGCCAAUACACAUAGCAGCGCAGAAUAACUUCCCCGAAGUCGUCCAGUUAUUCUUACAACAGCAUCCGCAACUGGUUCUGGCGUGCACAAAAGACGGCAACACUUGCGCUCACAUAGCGGCAAUGCAAGGGUCGGUAAGAGUAAUCGUGGAGCUGAUGAAAUUCGACAAAAACGGUGUGAUCUCGGCCAGAAAUCGCAUCACCGAGGCUACUCCGCUUCAGCUGGCGGCCGAAGGUGGGCACGCCCAAGUAGUCAAAGUGUUGGUCAGAGCCGGCGCGUCGUGUUCGGACGAAAACAAAGCGGGAUUCACGGCUGUUCAUCUGGCAGCACAGAACGGUCAUCUGGCCGUGUUGGAAGUGCUCAGGUCGUCCCAGUCGCUGAGGAUAUCGAGCAAACGACUCGGAAUGACUGCGCUCCAUAUGGCGGCGUAUUGCGGUCAAACGGAUACCGUACGGGAACUGUUGUCGCACAUACCGGUGACUGUCAAGUCCGAUCCACCGUCCGGGGUCAGCGUCUUGGGAGUGCUGGGCAACGAAUCCGGGAUGACACCUUUGCACUUUGCCGCUUACAGUGGCAACGAAAACGUGGUCCGGCUUUUGCUGAACUCGGCCGGCGUUCAAGUCGAUGCCGCAACGGUCGAAUGUGGCUACAAUGCUCUUCAUUUGGCAUGUUUCGGCGGUCACGUCACCGUGGUCGGGUUGUUGCUGUCGAGGGCGGCAGACCUUUUGCACAGUUCGGACUUCAACGGCAAAACUUGUCUACACAUCGCCGCCACUUACGGUCAUUAUGCGAUGGUCGAAGUGUUGCUGGGUCAAGGAGCCGAGAUCAACGCCACCGAUAAGAACGGAUGGACUGCCAUGCAUUGUGCUGCUCGGGCCGGAUACUUGGACGUGGUCCGGCUGUUGGUGGAAUCCGGUGCUUCGCCCAGGGCGGAAACCAACUACGGGGCUUCGCCCAUAUGGUUUGCGGCUCAGGAAGGCCAUAACGACGUGCUGGAGUAUUUAAUGACCAAAGAGCACGACACGUACGGUCUAAUGGACGACAGGAGGUUCGUUUACAAUCUAAUGAUCUGCAGUAAAAAUCACAACAACAAACCCAUCGAGGAAUUUAUCCUAGUUUCUCCGGCGCCCGUGGACACUGCGGCCAAACUUUCCAGUAUUUUCAUAAACCUAUCGAAUAAGGAAAAAGAGAGAGCAAAAGACUUGAUAUCUGCGGGAAAGCAAUGCGAGACCAUGGCCACCGAGUUGCUGGCGUUGGCCGCGGGUCAAGACUCGGCAGGGCGCAUCCUGACGGCUUCUGAUCGCCGGAAUACCGAAUUUCUGGACAUUCUCAUCGAGAACGAGCAAAAAGAAGUGAUCGCCCAUACCGUUGUCCAAAGGUAUUUACAGGAACUCUGGCAAGGAAGACUGAACUGGGCCGGGUGGAAAACCCUGUUGAUGUUUCUGGGCUUUAUCACGUGCCCUCCGCUGUGGGUGGUGUUCACGUUACCGUUGUGGCACAAUUACAACAAAGUGCCCAUAAUUAAGUUCAUGUCGUACUUGACUUCGCACGUGUACUUGAUGCUUCUACUGCAAAUGGUCGCCAUCACGCCGUACUACAGGGCGGCGCGACACAACCUGUUUCCGUAUUGGUACGAAUGGUUGCUUCUGGUUUGGUUAAGCGGUCUGUUGCUGUUCGAGUUGACCAACCCGAGUGACAAGAGCGGACUGGGAUGGGUCAAGCUGGCCGUGCUCUUGUUGAGCGUCAUAGGGGUGGCGUUUCAUUUGGUCGGAUUUUUCGGUCUCAUCUCUCAAUCGUAUCUUCCCACCGUCAUGUACUUAAGGAACCAAAUGUUCGCCGUAUCGUUCCUGUUGGCCUGCGUUCAAAUAUUGGACUUCCUGUCGUUCCACCAUUUGUUCGGGCCUUGGGCCAUCAUCAUUGGCGACCUGAUGAAAGACUUGGCAAGGUUUCUAGUGGUGCUCAGUAUUUUCGUGUUUGGCUUUUCGAUGCAGGUCGUGGCGAUGAACCAUCCCAUCGAGAAGAAACUAAACACAAAGGCCAGUUCCACGCCAUUUUCCGAGGUGUACAUGAGUCCGGUGGAUGCGUUUGAGCAACUCUUCUUCGCCGUGUUCGGUAUGGUCACCUACGAAAAUCUCAGGAAAAUCCCGGAAGACAAACAAGCCCCUUGGACUACGUACAUGUUCAAAGGCAUACUCGGUAUUUACAUGUUGGUAUCGGUGGUCGUCUUGAUCAAUCUACUUAUUGCUAUGAUGAGCGACACUUACCAAAGAAUUCAGGCGCAAUCCGAUAUCGAAUGGAAGUUCGGAUUAGCCAAAUUGAUUCGAAACAUGCACAGGACAACUACUACGCCAUCGCCGCUGAAUUUGGUCACCACUUGGUUUAUGUAUUUACUGGAAGUGUGCAAAAAAAGAGUCAAACAGAAAAAACGGCCAAGUCUAUCACAGAUGGUCGAUUUGAAAACAAAAGGACGAAUGAGUGCCCGCACUCGAAUGGGAAACAAGUGGUUGUCCAAAGUCAAGAAAGCUCAAGUAGUGCCAAGAGAGUCCAUGUCGGUCAGCGUCGUACAUUUGAGUCCGUACGGGUCUCAGGUGAGCUUCACCAAUAUGAGCAAUCGUAUCGAGACCGUUACGGACUGGGACUCGAUUGCAAAAAAAUAUAGAGCGCUACAAGGGGCCAGCGAGAGCGACGAGAAAGACGACACCAAAGCGUCGAAUGCUUCGAUGGAACGUUUGACCAGAAGCAAUAGCGAAGCGCCGUCGGAUCCGCCUGCGAUAUCGGCCAACAACAUCAAUAACUUACCGUAAAUCAAAAUAUACCUAGCUAUGUGUUUACAACAUCAACUUUAGCAAAAUUAUAAAAUAUAGUAAUAAUAUAAUUAAUAUAUUGUACUAGUUAAAAAAAAAAAAAAAAUACAAAGGUAUUAUUAUUAUAAGUUACCUCUACAAUUUUUAAAAUGUAAGUUUUGUAUUUUGUUACUUUAAGAAAAUGUAAUAUUCCACAUAAAUUUAAACAAAACCUUGUACAAAGUAUAAUUAAAAAAUGUAUACAUAU